AUGACUAACGACCAGCAACCACCGCCGCCUGCAGAGCGUGCGGCUGUACUUGUGCCGUCGCUCGCCCCGGCCGAGCAUGACGACUCCGUUCCUUUUCAACACUCCCCUCGCUCCAACCAAGCUGUCUCGGAAGACACUGCCUCCCACGCUCAUUCCCACUGGCAGUCUCAUCUCCGCCGUCGCUUUGCACAUUCGCGCCAGCAUCUGUCCUCGUUUUCGACAUCAUCUCCCGACCACGAGCUUGAGACUGCCGACGAUUCGGACGCGAACAACCACGACGCCGACGAUCUUUCCCUUCGUUCAGAUAGCCCAGAGGCGCAACAAAACCACCGAAUCGACCAAUCCCCCAAGGCGGAUGCAGAUGCCCGGCCCGCCGAUUCGGAACCUUCUCUCGUUCCCCGGGUCGUCCAGACCGUUGAAAUUGUUCGUGUGGUAGACUCACAGGGCCAAGUGAUAGAGACCCAAACAAUCUAUCCAUCUGCCGACUCCGGCACCACGGAUUCUCCUGCGGGAGAAACCGCCGUCAUUUCAGCUCCAGGUUCUUCGGGGACCGCUGCCCCAGGGACCGUCCCCGGGGCAAGCGACAGUGCCCCGUAUCCCACCACCACCUCGGUGCGCUCAGAUGCAACGGCUUCGCCCAACACUGCGACGGCUUCUGCAACAUCUUCAGGAGACACACAAUCUCUUGCACCCACCACGUCUGGUACCGGCCUGCCGAUUAUGUCCGCGUCUAUUCCUUCGCUAUCCACCAUUUCUACCUCUCUUCCCUCGCAAAACGCCACCAACACUCCUAUCUCUAGCAACUCUUCCUCGACAUCUAGCCCGACCACACCUGCUAGCACGCCGACACAGUCUUUGACAAUACUCUCGUUUUCUUCUACUCCGACCUCUUCGACAUUGACAAGUUCAGAGUCAACGAUUUCAAGUUUCACCGAGUCCUGGUCAUCUUCAGACUCUGAGUGGUCGUCAUAUCCUAUCGCGACUGGUAGUGGUGUUGGGCGAGGGAGAAAUGGGGGAGGAGGAGACAGUCCAGUUUCCACCUCAACCGCGGCCGGCGAUUCCAAUGCUGGUAGCAACAGUGGUGGGGGUAGCGGCGGUAUCAACCUGACUCAGCAGGAAAAGCAGAUUGUCGGUGGCGUUGUGGGUGGUGUUGCAGCUGCCGCAUUUUUCCUUCUCUUCAUCUUGAUGGCAAUCAAGUGGAAGAAGAGGCGUAAUGACGUGCAGGAACUAAUCGGUGAGGGUGGCAUCGGCUCACGUGGUCUUCCCUCACCCCGCGGAGUUGGCGGAGGCGGGGAUGCCCCUCCCAUGGCUCAGCGCUCCUCAUCUUUCGGCGUUGCAGGCGCUUUCGCUAGCUUUACUGGCCGCAAGAGCCAGCCUCCACCACCCGAAGAAUCAGGCGAGAGGGGCUUCUAUCGCGUUUCAGGUCGAAAGCUGCCUUCUGUCUUGCAACACGGCGGCGAUGGAUACUCCGACCCCAGGCGCCAUAGUACCGGGAGCGGGUCAACUGGGUGGCAUCGAGGAUCCCAGGCUUUUGAGCCUUCAACUACAUCGCCUCUCCAGCUGGGAUCGCCUAUGCGCCCUGUGAGCGGAGUUGCGAUAAUGCGUUCUGGCCCUGCCCGUACGCCAGUCACAGAGCAAAACCCAUUUGCUGACCCUCCCUCACCCACGAGUUUUCCGCUACCGCCUGACACCCACAGUUUUGACCGUGGCCCUCACGACGAAAGGGGAGGCCCAGCAGGGUUCAAAUUCCAGGAGUCGAUUUAA